AGAGAGAGAGGUUGACGGUUGCUAGGUGACGGGGCGCAUAUACUGAAUUUUAACAAAAGAUCGGGGAAAGAGGGAGAGCUGGAGAGGGAGAGAGAGAGGAGAGGAGAGAGGGAGGGAGAGGAAAAGAGAGAGAUCGGAGAAAUUGAAUACAUGUAGAACAUAUAUAUAUUUAGAUAUAUAUUUUCACAGCGCGCGUGUCUGUGUGUGUGUGAGUGUGUGUGUGAGUGUGUGAGUGUGUGUGUGUGGCGGCGGCGGCGGCGGUGAGAGGGGGGACACCCGCAAAACGGAUACCUCAAAAAGGAAGGAUGUGAAAAAGGAUGGAGGGACCCAGGAAAAGAGGGGGGACAGGCUGCUGAAAAACAGCACCCUCUCUUAGUGCGAUAUAUAUCUGCCUCCCCCCCUCGGCAGGUUGCCAUGGUCGCCAUACCUACUCUCUCUCUCCUAUUGGUCCUGGCAGAGUGGGCAGGUCUGGUGGACGCCUCCCCCCACCUCCUGCUCCGGCCGAGUCCGCGGGAGCGUGAUGCAGGGGCCAUGAUGAACUUCAACAUCGCCGUGAUCCACGCCGGUGCGACAGUGCAGGCGGAGGCGGCGGUGGCAGGGCCUGGGGGAAGGGUGCUCUAUCCCGGCUUUGGCCGGGUGUACGGCUCCCUGGGGGAGAGCGUGGUCACCCAGUGGGGCUCUGCUAACGUCAUCUGGCUACAGGUGAAUGACAGUAGUCCUAAGACAGUACUGUCCCAGCUGUGUGAGCUGUUGGCGGCGCGGCCCCUGCAGGGUCUGGUUUAUGAAGAGGAGAGGCCCCCUCGCACAGCUUGGGGACCUUUGGCCCCCAUGCUGGAGUUUGUCUCUGCACAAACAGGACUGCCCAUAGUGGCUGUAGGAGGGGGAGCGGGGCUGGGGAGGAUGCCACAGGAAUCAGGUUCCGUCUUUCUCCAGUUCAGCUCCUCUACCGCACUCCAAUUAGAAGUCAUCUUUGAGGUGUUGGAGGAGUACGACUGGACUUCCUUUUCCGUGGUGUCCACGCGCCACCACGGCUACCAGGAUUUCCUGUCAGUGGUGGAGGGCCUAACGGACGGCUCGUUCAUUGGAUGGGAGAAGAAGAGCGUGGUGAUCCUGAACGUGACCGACGACCCUGGGGCACGCACACGCAGGCUGCUGAAGGAGAACGAGGCGCAGGUACGUUUGCUGUACUGCUCCCAGGAGGAGGCUGAGCUGGUUUUCCGAGCUGCCUGGGCCGCAGGUCAAGCCGGUGCCUCGCACAUGUGGUUUGCUGUGGGACCAGCCCUCUCCGGUUUGGGCAUGGAGAACCUGCCCCGGGCUUUAUUUGCUGUACGGCCUCAGGGCUGGAGGGACGAGCCCCGCCGAAGGAUCGCUCGCGGUGUGUCGGUGCUGACUCAUGGGGCAGUGGCGAUGCGAAAGGAAUACGGAACCACGGGUGGGCCAAACUUUGUCACCAACUGCAUGACGGAUGCCAAUCAGACCCAGAGACUGCGAGGCAGGAUGAGAUAUUUCGGCAACAUCACGCUUGGUGGUCGAGAUUACUCUUUUAAUAGUGACGGUUACCUGGCCAACCCCUUCCUGGACGUCAUCUCAUGGACACCUGGACGUGGAUGGGAAGAUGUAGGCUGGUGGGAGAAUGGCGUGCUGAGGUUACGGUACCCAGCCUGGUCCCGCUACGGGCCAUUCCUUAAACCACCCGAUGAUGCCCAGCACCUGCGUGUUGUCACACUGGAAGAAAGGCCAUUUGUCAUUGUAGAGCUUGCAGACCCUGCAUCUGGAACCUGCAUCCGUGACUCAGUUCCCUGCAGACGACCCCUUAAUGCCAGUGCCAUCCAUGAGGGCGUGGCUCCAAUGAAGCAGUGCUGCAAGGGUUUCUGCAUUGACAUCCUCAAGAGAUUGGCCAAAAUUGUCGGCUUCACCUACGAUCUUUACUUAGUGACCAAUGGGAAACAUGGGAAGAAAAUUGAUGGGGUUUGGAACGGCAUGAUUGGAGAGGUGGUGUACAAGCGGGCGGAUAUGGCCAUUGGCUCGCUGACUAUCAAUGAGGAGAGGUCAGAAGUUGUGGAUUUCUCUGUGCCCUUUGUGGAAACGGGGAUCAGUGUCAUGGUCUCCCGUAGCAAUGGGACUGUAUCGCCAUCAGCUUUCUUAGAGCCCUACAGUCCAGCGGUGUGGGUGAUGAUGUUUGUCAUGUGCCUGACCGUCGUGGCUGUGACUGUCUUUAUUUUUGAGUUCUUCAGCCCCGUAGGCUACAACCGCAGUCUCCAGACUGGCAAGAAGGCUGGAGGGUCUACUUUCACUAUAGGAAAGUCUGUCUGGCUUUUGUGGGCCAUUGUCUUUAACAACUCUGUGCCAGUGGAGAACCCAAGAGGAACCACAAGCAAGAUCAUGGUGCUGAUUUGGGCCUUCUUUGCUGUCAUUUUUCUGGCCUCCUACACUGCUAACCUGGCUGCCUUCAUGAUCCAGGAGGAGUACAUUGACACAGUGUCAGGCCUCUCGGACAAGAAGUUUCAGCAUCCCGAGGAGCAGUACCCACCUCUGAAGUUUGGCACGGUGCCCAACGGUAGCACAGAAAAAAACAUCCGCUCCAACUACCCAGACAUGCACCAGUACAUGGGAAAAUACAACCAGAAGGGAGUGGAGGAUGCCAUACUGAACCUCAAGACCGGGAAACUGGAUGCCUUUAUUUAUGACGCUGCAGUACUGAACUAUAUGGCUCGGAAGGACGAAGGUUGUAAGGUGAUGACCAUAGGCUCGGGGAAGGUUUUUGCCACCACAGGCUACGGUAUCGCCCUGCACAAAAAUUCACGCUGGAAACGUCCUCUUGACCUGGCCCUGCUGCAGCUGGUGGGAGAUGAUGAGAUUGAGAUGCUGGAGCGCCUCUGGCUGUCAGGUAUCUGCCAUAAUGACAAAAUUGAGGUGAUGAGCAGUAAACUGGACAUUGACAACAUGGCUGGGGUCUUCUACAUGCUGCUGGUGGCUAUGGGCCUCAGCCUGCUGGUGUUUGCCUGGGAACACUUAGUGUACUGGAAGCUGCGCCACUGCAUGGCCACUAGUUCUGGAAAAUUGGACUUUCUCUUGGCAAUCAGCAGGGGCAUGUACAGCUGCUGUAGCUUUGAGGAUGAAACAGCAACAGGUGGAGCUAAAAGUCUGCCAACGCAUCACCACACAGCAAUGGUUACAGUUCCGUCACAGUCACAUGUUGUUUCAACGUCUUUGACCAACCCAGCAAUUGCAAUGGCGCAACAGCAGCAACAACCACAACCGCAGCAACCGCAGCCCGUGUACAAAACACCUCUACCGGGCUCUCCUCCCACCGUGGUGCAUUCUGGGACAGCACUGGGUCCAGCUAACACACCGAUAGCUGGUGCACCCCUACCUUGCUCCACCUUCCUGCCACGGCCAGACCGCAGACUGGCUGUGGUGGAUCGUUGGAGGCUGCCCAAAUCUGCUACAGCCACCAACCCAAUGGCUGUAAGGGGGGGUAUCAGUGACAUGGGACCCUUUGCUCAGAAAGUCCCACCAAACUGGGCUUCCACUGCUGGAGGGGCUGGGGGACUUGAUGGUUAUAAACGUUACUAUGGUCCCAUUGACCCUGAGGGACUGGGGCCCUGCAUGGAGCAGCAGGCAGGGUCCCAGACCCCCAAGACUAUGCCCAGGGGCCACCCCCAGCCCCCUCCAGCCAGUGUGGCCUUCUACUCAGAGAAGGGCAUCGACCAUGGGGUGGGGAAGAAGGUGGUAGGAGGUGGCAGCGGGGGUCAGGGGAAAGGGGCUGUUAAACCUCUGGGCACUCCCAGACUGCCUCCUAAGAGUCAGGCACCCUACCUCCUACACCCCGCUGCCACACCCCUCCCCCCUCUCCCCUCAUCCUUCUUGAGGAAACGAAGGCCCAAGAAGCCCAAAGAGUCCGGGGGGCCACUAUACGAGAACAUUCUGCCCCUAGGGCGGAGGGGAGGAGCACGAGAUGGUGUGAGGGAGGGAGUAGGGAGGAGGGCACGCCCCCUCUCUCCCCCACUCUCACUUCCUGUACCAGUACCCCUCAGCCCCUCCUAUACCCCUCCUUCUCCCUCUGCAUCCUUGCACUAUACAUCCUCGUCCUCUUCGUCAACCACAUCAUCCACAUCCACGUCGUCAUCUGCCUCAUCUUCUCGCUCCACCUCUCCUACUUACUCUUACAGCUCCUCCAGGAGCACACGGGACAGAACUGGAGGAAUAGAUGGAGAGGAUGAUGAUGACGAUGAGGAGCUGACAGAAGAGUCAAGCCUCCUCCUUGGGAGGGGAAGAGAGAGGGAGCGCUCAAUCAUCCGGCCUCGUUCUCUCAGUCACGGCCGCCUGCCACCACCCAUACCCCCCAGGAAACCACGCACGUCCUGGGGUGACAGAGAAAGGGAACGAGGGAGAGAAAGAGGUGGGAGCCAACUGUCUCAGCUCCAAGAGUGGUGGGCAAGCUGGAGUGAGAGAGAGAGGAGUGGAGCAGGUGGAGAUGCUGAGCGGCAAAAAAGGGAAAAGAAGAGAAGAAAAGAGAAGGAGAAGGAGAAGAAGAAAAAGAAAAAGAACAAAAAGAGGAAAAAGCGAGAAGAAAGGGAAAGAGAGCGAGAGAGAGAAAGGAAGCGUAGAAAAGUAAAAAAGAGGAAGAAGAAGGCCCUUAAAACAAAGAAAAGGAAGAAAUCAACAGGGGGAAAGCGGUCUGAGACAGAGGAGGGAGAUAUAGAGGCAGACAGGGAAGGAGAGGCAGAGGGAGAGAGGGAAGGAGGAAUACAAGACUACUCUUCAUUUUCUGCGCAGUAUCGGAGCACAUUUGGGGAAAAGGGGCGCGAUUCAUGGGAAGGAGAUAGGGAGAGAUGUAGAAGAGAAGGAGGAGAUGAGGGCAAUGACAGGGAAGAGGAGGACAGUGGAAGAAGCAGGGAGAGGCGCCCUAAAUCCUCACACUCUCAUUCAAGGCAUCGUACACCCAGUAAGCGCUAUCCUAACCUGAACAAGCUCCCUGCGUCCGUCAAAUUUUGGGUAAAUGGAAGAGGAGGUGACUCUAAUGCUCCUCCAAUAUCCCUCCAUCCGCUUCUUCCAUCCUCUAAGCGGCGAAGAAGUGGGGGGAUGGAUAGAGAUGAUAGCGGCAGGCUUGGAGAACGGCGUCCUUUGUUAAUGCGUUAUGAAAAAGAGAAAGCACACACAAGAGAAGGGCUAUCCUUCCAUGAGUGGGACUCUGAAGACGACGAUGAUGAUGAUGAGGAGGAGGAGGAAGAGGAGGAGAGGGAUAGAGUGAGGGAACGGGUGGAGGGCAGGGGAAGGAGGGCAGGUAGGGGGGCCGUCUCUGAGUCAGAGAGGGACAGGGCCAGGGCAGAGGACAGUUACUCAGAUGAGGGCUCGUCGGGGGAGUUUGGCCGUUUUGAAAGAUACUGGGAGGGAGGUUCAGGGGGAAGUGGCACUGGGAUAGGGGGCAUAGGAGGAGGAGGCUGGUUCUUUGGUACCUACCCCUCCAGAGAGAAAGGGGGCAGUGUCAACAGUCGAGAUGAUUCAUUACUAGGAACUAGAGCAGAAGGCUGGAUUGGAGCUGAUUUCUGGGGAUCGGGACCAGGUGUUGGUUGGGGUUCUGGGGGAGGGAGCGGGGGUUUGGGUUCGCAGUGGCCACCACCUCCAGCAGCCUUCCCUCCACCUCGACGAUACUGGUCUAUGGACAAAAUUCCUGUGAAGGGUGAGAAAAAGUGGAAGAGUGGAGGAGGGAAGAACAAGGGACGAUCUAGGGAAAGGGGGGAAGAAGCGCCACGGGCGACCAUGUGUUCCUGUAGCCUUUACCCCCAACCCCAUCCUUAUCCACAUCCCCACAGUCGCUCACACACCUCCCAUUCCAAGAGAGGAUCCACAGCACUUUCCCAUAGCCAGGAAGAGCUUCUCCCCCACUGCCACAGCUUCAGCGGUGUCUCUCGUCCUAAGCCGCUGCCCCCCAAACCCGAUUCCAGCCAGGCCAAAUCAGGCAGCCAAUCUAACCUCAGCCUCAGCACACAGCCCACAGACCAUCCGCCUCAGCCCUCACCGUCACCACCACAGCAGCCGUCCAUGUCUCCCACGUCCCUCCCGAUGCCCAUCCCACCUCCACCCUCCUCAUCCUCUGUCUCGCCACCAGCAGGGGUAGGGAUGGAAGGCCAGGCCCAGGCUCCGGCUUCAGCCAGUGCCAAACUCCAAUAUCAGAGACUGCGCUCUGUGCCACAGCCACGGAGGUUCUACUCUCCCCACCUGCCACUCAAAGCCAAGAGCCUGUGCUCACGUCGAGGGUCGGCCCACUUCUCUAGCCUGGAGAGCGAGGUAUGACAGGGGGAGAGGAGAGAGGGAGACGUGAGAGCGAGCACCACUGCUGUUGUGUACCGUGGUGCCAUGGCAGCUGGAGCCAGGGAUGAUGUCGGAGAUAUGGCUGCCCAGGUGACCACAGGUAAUCAAUUAGCAACUACCACUGCUGGAGCUGAUACGGACAGUAGCUCUAUUGUUAACACGAGCCAGUGUGAGAGCAACACUGCUGCCACCCGCUCCAUCGUACGCGUUCUAGUGAGGGCGACAGUGAGACGCCAUACCAGGGUGAGCUACGUGCGCCUGGAUGGUUCCCACGAUGAUGAUGAGAGUGAAGGCGAGGCUGCAUCUCCGGGGACAGCAGCCCCAGAACUUCUUCUCUGCUCAGAAAUGAGCUUUGUGAUGUCAUCUUCGGUUCUCCUCCCCUCCCCGAGUCACAACUGUGGAUAACAGUAGUCUCCAACCUGUGAGUAAUGAUGUCAUGUUUGUACACACACACACACACACAAACACACACACGCACGCACGCACACACGAACACACACACACACACACAGAUAAAAUGCUCAAAACGUCUCCCUCCCUCUGGCUUUGAGAACACACCUCGGUGGGAUGAGGAAAGACCCACCUUCUCCCAAAAGAUGCCAGAAUAGUUGUCGUGUCUGGCUUCCUCUCCUGUCUGGCUUUUGGCUUUUGAACUGGACUGGAGGACUGCUUGUCAUGUGUUGGAGAGACCACUCCUUCCUCUUCCCUUUUGUAAAUCAGAUGAUAUGAAAAGCAAUGCAGUCACCUCUCUCAUGCACUGUCUGCCUGAUCACCUUUCACUGGGCAGUGAGGACAGUGCUACUUAUUUGCCCUUUGACCUCAUGACACCAUCAGACCCAUCUAGCUCUACCCCAGGACCAUCUACGUGAUGUCAUGUUUUACUAGAAACCCUUUUAACCAAUCAGAGAGAAAAGGAACAACUUCUCCUCUUCCCUGUUGGAGCUUGUAAUGCUUGAACACAGUUGAGUAUCGACAUAUUUGAAUAACAAACUGGAGAUCAAAAAGAGAAAUAACAAUAAGAACAAAAAAGACAUGUAGCAGAUUUUCUUUUAUGUCUGUCUUUUCUUUUCUUAUUCAGACUUUUCUCCCCAUGCCCUCUUUUUUAUUCUAUCAAUAUCUGAUUGUGUUAGUGUUUUAAUAAAGAGGAGACUGGAUGUGGCUAGUGUUGGAAGUGGGAAUGAUUCAACAGCUGUGCCAAAUUUAAGUGAAGAGCUUUUAAGUAAAAUUGGUUUGCAAGUUAUCCGUCUUCACGGAUGAAAUCCCAUUUUUUAUUUCCACAUGCAAACUGCGCAUAAUUCACCCUCAUGGAAGUGGAUCAAGAGGAUGAUUGGUGCAAUAUCUGUAAUUGGCACUAGAUGGCUGCAUAAUAUUCAAAUAAGCUUUUGAGACAAUUGUGCAGGAGUUGGAAGCAGGAGUUGGAAGUACAUGAUACGGAAGAAGGGUUGUUUAGCUAUAAACUUUAUUACUUUUAUGAAAGUGGCCAGUCAGGAUUUAUUCCGAGGAGCUGAGGAGAAUUAAAAAAAAGUGCAGUGCAUUGGAAAAAGCUCUCUUAGGAUGUGAUUUUAUGUUGCUACUCUAUUGUACCUUGGCAGAGUUUGUAGGUGAUGGAUUAUAAGAAGCACAAUUCCUCAUUGUAUUUUUUUCAAACACGUGUGCCACAGUUGUGCAUGCACAAUCUCCAGGUACCAUAUUUUGUUGGCGUAACUAUUCACUUAAUGUUGAAGUCAUGUUGCUAUGACGGAGAAUAAAAUCCACUGUAACCAGUGUUUAAGUACCACGACACUUGUGCUGAGGAAACUGCCCGCUGUGGCUGUUUCCUUUUGGCGAAUAAGACUGAACGAUAUAUAUACUGUGAACGUUUUGAGGUGCACCUACACUAGCUGACACUUCACUGAAUGCAGUCAGUGAUAACUCGCGUUAUCAAGAUUAUCAGAUGACUGUUUGACUCUGAGCAAUAUUCCCACCUCCAAUGUGACAUGGAUGCAAUAGCACAUCUUUUUGCAUCGAACACAUUCAAGUUUUAUCUCUAUUUUAAAAUGUAAAAAAUCAGAGGUGUUCCAUUCGUUCAAUUAUUUUCUUAUCGGUAGGACAAAUUUCAUCUAACCUGGUCAGAUACAAUUGUGAUCAGGUCUGUAAGUCCAAAGCACCAGGCUGUAGCUGACCAGUAUGACUAUUAAAAAAAUGUGUUUCAGAGAGGGUAGUGUUGUGUAGCAUUGCACCUUCUGUGAGCUGUGCAAAAAGCCAUCUACUGUGUAAACUGUGCCAAUAAUGCAGUGCAUAGACUCUGUAUUUUCAUAAUCCACCUCAUCUCUCACGCUAAGACCAGCCACAGCCCAGCUCUUCUUCUGUCAUAGUUGAAUGUAGCUUUGACAUGAUGUAGCAAAAGAACACCUACUUUUAGACUUUGUAGCUUUUCGUUUUGUUUUUCUUCUUUUGGAUGCUGUUGAUAAGGGUUAGAAGGAGGGAGGUGGUUGACCUGCUAAGUUAUGGGCUGUGCGUUGUGUUUGUGCAUGUCGUCACAGAUCGAAGGGUUAGUCGACCUUCUCGUUUCCCCCUUUUUAACUCCUUUGCCUUGCAGUGAGGCCAGACUGUACCUUUUAUCUGCACAUGGAUUGCUUUUUUCUAAGUCUGCGUGGGGCAAUUUUUAAAAACAAUCUGUCGCUGUUUUUAGAGAAAUGCUUUUGCCGUUUCCCAUUCUUUGGAAAGCCCCGGAAUCAUUGCAUGUUUAGCUGAAUGAAACCUCAAAGAUCUGUGGUGGGAGGGUUGUGUAGUUCAGUUUUAGCUAAUGCUUAGGACCCAGGACAGCCACCUUUAAGUGAGAUAGCAAGCUCGCUCUACUCUGCACCCUAACAGUGGAAAACACGUCAACAGUGCGACUGCUUCCUGCGCACUAGAACAAGGUUCUUUCCAACCAAUCAACAGGGUUUAAACCUGGUAUGUCAUUGAGCAUUACUGAUUUCUAUUGAGGCGCUAAUACUUAAGUCUGUGACUGCAUGAACAGAAGUGACUCUUAAAAACCCUCUGGCUUAUUUUGUUUUACUUAUUUUAUUUUAUGCUGAGAAAAAAAAGAAUAUAUUAAAAAUAUACUAUGUUUUUGAGAAUGUACCAUGUUAUACUGUGAUUUAACUGAGAUAUUUUAUUGUAUUCAAUUAUCAUUUGAAUUCUAUCAUUUAUCUAUAAAGAAAUAUAUAUGUACAAAUAAAUAUAUACAUAUAUAUACAUACAGGUAUAUAUAUAUAUUAGUUAAGUUUGGUAUAUUUGGAGGAAGUGUUAGAUGAAAUAGUUUUAAAUGUUUUAGCUUUGUAGCGAUUCUAGACACUGAAAUCAUUUUUGAAUUUUGAUUCCUCCUAUAUGACUGUGAAGACAUUAGUGCCUGUGACAAAAAAGACAAGUAAAAGUCGAAACUCUCUAUUCAUCUGUAUCUACUAUAGCUAUCAGUCUGUCACUCCUCUACAGUACUACCUAACAUGACUUUUUUGGCAUUCGCUGCUUUUACACAUCAGUAUGUUUCUCUCACACAGUCUGCUGUCUCUUUUGCUUUGUACUGCUCUCCUCUGCAGUUCCUUCUCCUGGUUUUUAUUAACAAGCUAUGAACACUCUCCACCUCUCCUCUUUUAAAGCCGCAUCUCAUGGUGAUCACAUCUCUUUGUUAAUUAACCCAUCCAUUGACCUUUGUUUUUAUUUCCUUUGAUCGCUUUCUUUUUUUUUUGUUAAAUCAGCUCAUUACUCUGUCUCUCACUUAGCAAAAAACAGAGACCAGUAGAUACUGUGUUCUUGCUCCUUUUGACUGAUUGUUGAUGAUGAUGAUCAAUUAAUUGAUUGAUAAAAAAAUAAUUAAUGAACAAUGUUGCUAUUACUGAUGUGACUGAAGUGUGUAUCUGACGACCACACCACUGUAGCGAGUCUGGGCUGUACCACACCACCAGGGAGCAAAUGGGGCCACAGUUGCUAUGGUGUUGCCAUGGCAUUUUCAUGGCGUUGCCAUGGUGUCCUCUGCACCGCCACCACCUGGUGCCUGCUGGGUAAUAUAGCAUAAUGUCCUUCACUUUCCCCAAAGUAAUGGUCAUAGAUCCGCUGUGCUUCCCUCUGCAUAGCUUAAGACCUUAAGAUGUAGGACUUGGAAUAUUUUAAAAGGGGCAGCAUGGUGGUGACAUGUCUGCUGUUAAUGCUGAUCUAGACUGGACUGGUUUGGCUCGAAAUGGCUAUGAGUGUCAAUACUGAGUUGAUCACCUAACCUUCAAAUCAUCUGUGUGUGCUGCUUGGCAUGUUCUCCCUUCACCUUCAUAUAACUUAUAGCCUGAAACCAGUCGGGAUCCAGAUGUGGCUCCUUUGCCAUGUUCACACUGCAAGCCUCGGUGCUCAGUUUGAAUUUCUUGUUCACAUCUGCCAUUUUUUUCUUCUUUUUUUGCUUGUUUAAAUUAGUUUUUGACCCCUGUAUGAAUAACCUGCGUGGUAGAAAGAACAAAUCCAAGGGCAUUACAAGCAGAAUGCUGCUGUAAAUAUGGAGACCACUGAACACAGCGAUUAGAGUAUCAUUAAUAGGCUGAUGAGCAGUGGAAGCUUGCAAAUUUGUGAUGAGAAGAAAGAGACUUCUCAGUUCUGACAUUUUUGAUGCAGCGCCACUUCUGUAAGGAGAAGUGUGUGGAAGCUAGAAAAAUGCACCAUGCCAAGAAGGGGCAGGUGCUAGGUUGAAAACAGGCAUACAACAAAAGAAAAAAAUCAACAGCUUGCACACUGCAGGGCUCCAGUUUUACCUAUUUAUUGCACCACAAAGAAUGCCACGUUUCCAACCACUGCUUUUCAUCAGAACUCUUCAGCAGUGGUGCUUAAAUGUCACAUUCGUUGUGAUGCAAUAAAUAGGUAAAAAUGGAGCCCUGCGGUGUUUCUUUUGUUGCAAGUGCAGUUGAAGCCAGGAAUGGUGGGAUCAUGAAGUGAAUAGCCUCAGUGAAACAGAUUUGGUCAAAAAAACUAAGGAUAUUUUUUUGAUAAACUAUAUAGCAGUGUACCUCCAUCCCAACACAGUGAAGUAGAAAAGUGUGUCGUUUCAAAUUCACUGUUCAGACUGAGUGAAAGUAGAAAUCAGAUUUGUAUCCAAUUCAAAAUUAGAAUUGAAAAGAUAAGAUUGAAUGCAAGUUGUGCAGACACACACACACACACACACACACACACACACACACACACACACA